AUGCAGACUCAAGUUGACCUGAAAAAUAGCAUCAAUAACUUCCCGAAUAUCCCACCCUUCCCAGAUGAUGUCGCCACGGCACCUCUUCUUCGGCUAUCGCUAGGGAAGCUACUAGCUGGUGACCCUGCAGAGCAUGCGAACCUGUUCCAAGCAUCAACCGAUAUAGGUUUCUUUUACCUCGAUCUGUCAGAUUCAGAACAAGGAUCCUCGCUCCUCGGUUACGCAGAUACUCUAUUCAAACUCGGAGAGAACCUUUUCGAGCUGAGUCUCGAGGACAAGAAGAAGUAUGACUUUAGCGGACAGAACUCCUACUUUGGAUAUAAAGCGCAGGGUGUGGCGGUAGUCGACAAACAUGGGAAUCUAGACCGGAAUGAGUUCUACAAUGUCUCAAAAGAUGAUAUACUGGGAGUCAGUGAUCCUUUACCUGCGCCAGGCGUUCUGCAAGAUAGUCGAGCGGAGCUGGGAUCGUUUAUGCAGAGGUCACAUGCGAUAGUAGCCCUAAUCCUCGACAUUCUCAACGACCAGCUCUCCCUACCGAAAGGCACUUUACCCAAUCUACACAGACGACAAGCAGUAAGUGGGGACCAGGUCCGUUUCGUGAAAGCACCCCCACAGCCAGCAGAUGACCGACGCACUGCGUUGGGCCAACACACCGACUUUGGCAGCGUGACGGUGCUUUUCAAUCGACUCGGCGGUCUGCAAGUCCUACCACCCGGCACGGACGCUGCAUGGGUCUAUGUGAGACCACUUCCUGGGCAUGCGAUUGUAAAUCUUGGGGAUGCAAUGGUCAAGUUCACGAAUGGCUUGUUCCGCUCGAACAUUCACCGGGUUGUGGCACCGCCUGGUCUCCAGGCUGAGUCGACGAGGUAUAGUCUGGUGUACUUUGCAAGACCCGAGGAUAGUGUGAUGCUGCGUCGGCUGGAGGGGUCUAAGCAAAUCCCCGAAAUGGAGGACGGCCAGAUCGAGGAAGAGAUUAAUAGUAAAGAUUGGAUUAUUCGGCGGGCUCUGGGGAGGAGGGUUGAUCUUGUUGAUGAUAUUGAUUACGAGAAGUCUGCCGGGACGGAGCAGAUUAGCAUGAGGAUCAAGGUUUAG